AUGGACAGCGAUGUGAAUUCCAAACUGUGCCCUACUGAUAAUAACACACUCACAUCGCCAAACUACAGAAUUGAAAAUGUUGUCAUGGAAAGGACGAGUCAAUCCCCGGAUGUAGAAUUGGAAAUCCAGAAAGAGGCACUCAAUGACCCGGAUGUGCAGCCAUUAAGUUACAACGUUUCAGAUAACCCGCCGUUUGGAUUAUCACUGAUUCUAGCUCUACAGAAUGUGCUGUUGUCAUUUGGAAUGAACUUGCUCGUCAGUGUUACGAUCGCUGACCUCGCAUGCGCAGAAAGGAACGACCCAAUCAGAGCCAAGCUUUUCUGUACGUCAAUAUUUGUGGUGGGACUAACUACAGUGGUACAGAGCCUAUGCGGAAUUAGACUUCCAAUCCUUCAAGGCGUUUCCGGUGCUUUCAUGGCACCAUUACUAUCACUGAAGACGGCAGGAGUGUGGUCAUGUGACAGCACGAGUGACAUGGAGUUUGUUUCGACGUCAGCUAAUCAAACGAUGAUUCAGAAUAUUACCAUGGAAACACGACAGGAAAUGGUUUACUACCGAGUAACACAGCUUCAAGGAAGUCUGAUCGUUUCCGGUCUAAUAACGGAAGUGUUCUUGGGAGCAACUGGCCUUCUGGGAUACCUGGUAAACCUUGUGGGCCCCAUUACAGUUUGUGUGACGAUAUCUUCAAUAGGGCUAUCGAUGUACCCCAUACCUAUCAUCUACUGCAGUACAUUCCUACCUGUAUCGCUUUGCUCUGUGGUCUUAAUGGUUUUGUGCAUUAUGUAUCUCUCACGGAUCCUCGUCCCGAUACCCACAAUGCAAUGUAACAGGAAGAAGUCUGAACAGGCGGCUGGAAAAGUAAAAUUGCCCUUCUUCCAGAUAUUUCCUAUAUUCAUCACGGUGAUAUUAAUGUGGGCGGUUUGUGGUGUGUUGACCAUCACGGGGUCGUUGCCUGAUGACCCCAGUGAGCCCUCCUAUCGUGCCCGGACAGACACACGUGGAGAUCUCAUAUCUUUGUCACCGUGGUUCUUCUUUCCAUAUCCAGGUCAAUUUGGUCCUAUCCGAUUCAACACAGCGGUUUUCAUAGGGUUUAUAAGUUCCUAUCUUUCCUCUAACGUUGAGUCUAUUGGGGAUUACAUGAUUGUCUCUCGGGCCACCGGCACUUUUCCCCCACCUCGCCAUGCAAUCAACCGUGGAAUACUGACAGAAGGAAUCCUGGGGGUUGUGGCGGGAGCCCUGGGGGCCGGGCAUGCCACUACCUCAUACAGUGACAAUGUUGUUAUCAUCAAACUUACACAGGUAGCUAGCCGAAGUGUGAUGGUUUUAGCAGGUGUCAUCUGCAUGCUCUUCGCAAUAAUUGGUAAAUUCGGUGCAGUCAUGGCGUCACUUCCGGAUCCGGUUAUUGGAGGCGUAACUUUAGUAUUAUUUGGCUUGUUGGUAUCCAUAGGAUUGUCAUCGCUACAGCGAGUAAACCUUUCAUCCACUCGGAAUCUUGCUGUUCUGGGAACAUCGUUGUAUGUCGGUUUAGUUGUUUCCGAAUGGUUGAAAAUCAACAAAGAUCUCAUUAAUACGGGUAAUGCCUCCCUGGACCAGGUGAUCAAAUUGAUUCUCGGAACACAGAUGUUUGUAGCGGGACUUACUUCAAUAAUUCUCGAUAAUACUGUUAAAGGAACAAAAAAAGAAAGGGGAAUGGACGCUAUGACAUCUUUCAAAACCGGAUGCAGAAAUGAUGUUGAUAAACAUCAGUCCGUGUACGAUAUUCCGGGAUUAUCCAAGUUACAACAGAAAAUCAGAAUUCUGCGUCAUAUUCCGUUUAUUCAACCCUACAGACCUCAGUGA